UCUCCAUCCGCCGGAAAUGGAAGCGGGGAAACAUCUACAUCACCCCCGGAACGUUUAGCAACAAACAGCGGGGGCUUUCCCCAUCUGGAUCUGAACGCGCGUCCAUUUCUGCCUCUAUGGUACAGCGAUUAGGUGCACGGAGGCCGCAUUCGGUUUGUUCCCCGACUCCGGAUGCCCGAGGCGCCUAGAGAACCGGAAGUUCGGAUCGUUUCCUGAAGAGACCUUUCCAGCCUGGACCAAUGAACACGGAGGUUUAGGCGACAACCGGAAACUGACUCGUGUCGCUCUGUCCAGCAGGUCCUCCGACGCUUUUCUGUUCCCCACCCCCGCCGGGGCCGCGCCGCAGCGCCUGCCUGAGCGAGCGAGGCCUCCAUUUUACCUCCGAGGGGCCAGAGAGGCGCUGGUGAGGGAGGCCGCCGGGCGAGCACCCCAUCCCUCCCUCCUCUUUCGGGGACCCAAGAGGCUCCCUUGGCCUGUCUAGAGGCCCAGACUCCAGCCGCGGAAGGAAGAAGUCCGGGGUCGUCGUAGCUGCGGCUAGACUUUGCCGGUCCAGACAGUUUUUCUGCUGUUGUCGCCAUGUCUGACUUUGUCGAGAGUGAAGCCGAGGAGUCGGAGGAAGAGUACAAUGAGGACGGGGAAGUGGUCCCCAGAGCACCCAAGAAGUUCGUACAGGAAGAAGAUGAUGAAGAAGAAGAAGAGAACCUGGACGAUCAGGAUGAGCAAGGGAACCUGAAGGGGUUCAUUAACGACGAUGACGAUGAGGAAGAGGAGGAAGAGGAAGAGGGCAGCGAUUCGGGAGACUCCGAGGAUGAUGUCGGCCAUAAGAAGAGGAAGCGCAAUUUUGAUGACCGCCUCGAGGACGAUGAUUUUGACCUCAUCGAAGAAAACCUGGGUGUCAAAGUUAAACGACAAAAAUUCAGGCGACUCCGAAAGAUGUCGGACGAUGAGGAUGACGAAGAGGAAGAUUACGGGAAGGAGGAGCACGAGAAGGAAGCCAUUGCCGAAGAAAUCUUCCAGGAUGGAGAGGGGGAGGAGGGGGGCGAGCCUGUCGAAGGCCCCAUUGGCCCUGCUGAUGAUGAGGAAGAAGAGGAGGAAGACGAGUCUGACAUUGACGAUUUCAUUGUGGAUGACGAUGGGCAGCCUCUUAAGAAGCCCAAAUGGAGGAAGAAGCUCCCUGGCUACACAGAUGCCGCUUUGCAAGAAGCUCAGGAGAUCUUUGGCGUGGACUUUGACUAUGAUGAGUUUGAGAAGUACAACGAGUACGACGAGGACCUGGAGGAGGAGUACGAAUACGAGGACGACGAGGCGGAAGGAGGCGAGACUCGUGUGCGGGCCAAGAAGACCGCCAAGAAGCGUGUCAGUCGCCGCAGCAUCUUUGAGAUUUAUGAGCCCAGCGAGCUGGAGAGCAGCCACCUGACAGACCAGGAUAACGAGAUUCGGGUGACGGACAUGCCCGAAAGGUUCCAGCUGCGCUCCAUUCCUGUGAAGAACUCCGAAGAUGAUGAGCUGGAAGAAGAGGCUGACUGGAUCUACCGGAAUGCCUUUGCGAUGCCCACCAUCUCCUUGCAGGAAACCUCUGAUUUCUCGGACCGCGGUCAGGCCGGCAGCAGCUUCAGCCGCAAGGGCCCCAGCACCAUCCAGAAGAUUAAAGAAGCUCUGAAUUUCAUGCGCAAUCAGCAUUUUGAGGUCCCGUUCAUAGCCUUCUACAGGAAGGAGUACGUGGAACCAGAGCUGAAUAUCAACGACCUGUGGCGUGUUUGGCAGUGGGAUGAAAAGUGGACUCAACUGAAAAUCCGUAAGCAGAAUCUGACCCGCCUCUUUGAGAAAAUGCAGGCCUACCAGUACGAGCAGAUCUCUGCUGAUCCAGACAAGCCUCUGGCUGAUGGAAUACGGGCUCUGGACACCACUGAUAUGGAAAGGCUGAAGGAUGUACAGUCCAUGGAUGAACUUAAAGACGUAUACAACCACUUCCUGCUCUACUACGGCCGAGACAUUCCCAAGAUGCAGAAUGCAGCCAAAGCCAACCGCAAGAAGCACAAGCGUAUCCGAGAGGAUGGAGAAGAGGAGGAAGGCGAAGGAGAGGAUGCCGAGGAGGAGGAGCAAAAAGCCCCCGAGCUCAAGCAGGCGUCUCGCCGGGACAUGUAUACCAUCUGCCAAACAGCUGGUCUAGAUGGCCUGGCCAAAAAGUUUGGUCUGACCCCUGAGCAGUUUGGUGAGAAUCUGCGUGACAGUUACCAGCGGCACGAGACGGAGCAGUUCCCGGCAGAGCCACUGGAGCUGGCCAAGGAUUACGUGUGCAGCCAGUUCCCCACUCCAGAGGCUGUGCUGGAAGGCGCCUGCUACAUGAGGUGCGCAUCUGCACGAAUCGCCCAGUGAGCCUCUGAGGAGAUCCGAGCAGGUCCUCGCGGCAGACCUUCCAGGGAAAGGUAGAUCCAGACCAUCUCCCCUACCAAGAAGGGCAAGAAGGAUGUGGACGAGGCCCAUUAUGCGUACUCCUUCAAGUACCUUAAGAACAAGCCCGUCAAGGAGCUGCGGAAUGACCAGUUCUUGAAGAUGGGGCUGGCCGAAGAGGAGGGGCUCCUGACCAUAGACAUCUGCAUUGACAUGAAAGGCGUCGAGGGCUACGGUAGUGACCAGACCUAUUUUGAAGAGAUUAAGCAGUUCUACUACCGGGACGAGUUCAGCCACCAGGUGCAGGAGUGGAACCGGCAGCGCACCUUGGCCAUUGAGCGGGCCCUUAACCAGUUCCUCUAUGCUCAGAUGGCCAAAGAGCUGAAGAACAAGCUAAUGGUGGAAGCCAAGGAGUGUGUGAUUAAGGCUUGCAGCCGGAAGCUGAGCAACUGGCUCAAGGUGGCCCCGUACCGCCCCGACCAGCAGGUGGAGGAAGACGACGACUUCAUGGAGGAGAGCCAGAGCAAAGGCAUCCGGGUGCUGGGCAUCGCGUUCUCCUCAGCCAGAGACCACCCUGUGUUCUGCGCCCUGGUCAACGGGGACGGUGAAGUCACGGACUUCCUGCGGCUGCCGCACUUCACCAAGCGAAGAAAUGCCUGGAGGGAGGAAGAGAGGGAGAAGAAAGCCCAGGAUAUCGAAUCACUGAAGAAGUUCCUGCUUAGCAAGAAGCCCCAUGUGGUGACGAUUGCAGGAGAGAACAGGGAUGCCCAGAUGCUGAUGGAGGACGUGAAGCGCAUUGUCCACGAACUGGAGCAGGGGCAGCAGCUGUCCUCCAUUGGGGUGGAGCUGGUGGACAACGAACUGGCUACGCUGUACAUGAACAGCAAGAAGUCUGAGAAUGAAUUCCGGGACUACCCCCCUGUCCUGCGCCAGGCCGUCUCCCUUGCUCGACGCAUACAGGAUCCACUGGUUGAGUUUGCCCAGGUGUGCAGCUCGGACGAGGACAUCCUGUGCCUCAAGCUCCACCCUCUGCAGGAGCAUGUUGUGAAAGAGGACCUGCUGAAUUCCUUGUACUGCGAGUUCAUCAACCGCGUGAACGAAGUCGGCGUGGAUGUCAACCGUGCCAUUGCCCAUCCGCACAGCCAGGCCCUCCUGCAGUACGUCUGUGGCCUGGGGCCGCGCAAGGGCACUCACCUGCUGAAGAUCCUGAAGCAGAACAAUACGCGGCUGGAGAACCGAACACAGUUAGUCACCAUGUGCCACAUGGGACCAAAGGUCUUCAUUAACUGUGCUGGGUUCAUCAAGAUAGACACAGCAUCGCUGGGAGACAGGUUGGUGUCGGGCUUGAUACUGUGUUUAAGAUAUGGCAAUCAGAACCAUACACAGUAUUCCAAAUUUAGCCACGGAGACUUUAGUGAAAGCCCAAACUUUGCUAACAGAAUAGCAGAUCAAACUAGCAACUGUUCCUUUGUUUGCGCUGUAUGGUUUUGCAAGUCCAACUGUUUCCACCCUUACCUGCAACCCGCCCGGUUACCGGCCGGAGUGCUGGAUGGCUCAAGGGUUCUGCCAGAAACCUCUGAAAGACCCAGGAAAAUGGCUAUCUUGGCCUUAAGGUGGCAAUUACGGCCAGAGAAUGCCAACCCUGCUGGUGCCCUGGAGGAGAUUCUGGAAAACCCGGAACGUCUGAAGGACCUGGAUCUUGACGCCUUUGCUGAAGAGCUGGAGAGACAGGGUUAUGGAGACAAACACAUCACCUUGUACGACAUCCGUGCUGAACUAAGCUGCCGCUACAAGGACCUAAGGAGCCCAUACCGGUCCCCAAAUUCUGAAGAGGUCUUCAACAUGUUGACGAAGGAGACACCCGACACAUUCUACAUAGGGAAGCUGAUCAUGUGCAACGUGACAGGAAUAGCUCACCGACGACAUUUGGGAAGCUACGACCGAAGCGAUGGGGACGACGAGACGGGCCUCUGGCGGUGCUUGUACUGUCAACGGGACAGCUUUUCCGGGCUCAGCUUGGCAGAACUAACUUCGGGUCUCGUCUCUGUCCCCCACUCAGGGAUCACCCCCAGCAGUAGCAGCCGGACCAGAACUCCAGCCUCCAUCAACGCUACUCCUGCCAAUAUAAACCUAGCAGAUCUGACCCGAGCUGUGAACGCCCUGCCGCAGAACAUGACCUCCCAGAUGUUUAGCGCCAUCGCCGCCGUGACCGGUCAGGGGCAGAAUGCCAACGCCACACCUGCCCAGUGGGCCUCUAGUCAAUAUGGCUAUGGAGGCAGCGGAGGCGGGAGCAGCACGUACCACGUCUUCACAACUCCGGCUCAGCAGCCAGUGGCUACCCCCCUGCUGACUCCCAGCUACUCGUACACAACACCCAGCCAGCCAAUCACAACCCCUCAGUAUCAUCAGCUUCAGGCCAACACUACACCACAAUCCACCCAGUCCCAGCCGCCAUCUCAGCCUUCGUCCAGUUCUGGGCAAAGACAGCAACCCAAAUCCAGCGCUCACACAGCCAUCGACUGGGGCAAGAUGGCCGAACAAUGGCUGCAGGAGAAGGAGGCUGAGCGGCGGAAACAGAAGCAGCGGUUGACUCCGCGCCCGUCUCCCAGCCCCAUGAUCGAGAGCACCCCCAUGUCCGUCGCUGGAGACGCCACCCCGCUGUUGGACGAAAUGGAUCGGUAGCUGUCCCGCCCCUUCGGCUCCCAACGAAGCGAGAGCGCCAGCGGAGACCAGCUCUUCUUCCUUCCUUAGUCUUGUUACUCCCUGUUUGUUUUGUUUUUUCGGUUUUUACAUUGAACGGUGGGACACCAGGGACGCUGGGGCAGCGCCGUUCUUGUGGCCAGUGCCUUGGGGCCACGUGCGCAGAAGCAGUGUCCAGAUUGGCUGAAUCCUUGGUUCACGUUUGGCUGCCAUGGCUGGUAUGGGCGGACCAAGCCUUCCUUUCUGAGCGAGGUUUUCUUUCUAGCCCUGGUCUUUACUCCUAAUAGCUGAAAAAUAAAAAAAAAUUGAAGCAAGGGGUUAUGGGAGCAUCCUCUGCCAGCGACUGGGCCGGAGAAACCCAUUGGUCAGUCAGUCUGGGAGUCUGUCUCUAUUUCUCCCUUGCCUCCCCUCCCCGCUCUUAGCUCAGUGGGCACCAUUGUACGACUAAAGGGCUUUGCUUCAGGAGACCCUCCGCCUUGCCAGAGGACCUCAGUUGGAAGGGCACCGGGUGUAGCCUUCGCCCUCAGCUCAGUUCCAAUUGGCACUCCUGAGGACAAUAUUUAUUCAGUUGUAUUGCUUAAGAACGAACACGAACUUCGGCGCUAAACCCCGGGCAACGGCGGCUUUUGUUGCCGAGCCGGGAGGUCCUGAGAGCUUCUGUGCACCCGGCGGUGUGGCUUGAAUGCCAAGUAGUCUGCGUCCCGUCCCCCCCACCUCUGUAUCGACUCAUAACAGAACCGAAGGAAUAAAUGGUGUUUCUGCUGAACUUUCACAGAGGUUCUCUCCCCGCUCCCGGCCAAGUGUGGCAGAGGGAGCUGCGGCGUAACCCGAUUUCCGCGAUCUUCGUACAAGCCCCGGUGAACUAACCGGUGAUUUUUCUUCUUCUUUUGCCACCAAAAGUUUGUCUUGGCGUUCAGCAGCUUCGGAAGGAAGCGACCCUUUUGCAGCAUACUGGACUAGAAUGCGAGAGGGAUUCUGAACACUUGGCAGUCGUGAAUGCGGAAAGGACGUAACCGCGGUGGGGCGCGAGGAAGCAGGAGCGACCGCCCCUCCUUGCUCAUAGGUUUGGUGGGGGCAGCUGGCAGGUCAACUGGGGAGAAGGGAUCUGCCCUUGCCCUCCCCGCUGGUGGGGUGGCACGGGCUCCCCCUUUUGCCAGUGAGGUGACCCCGGGAGCUGGCGGAUUCGAGGAAGACAAAGAGGUUCUUUGCUCUGGCCACGCUCCUGCAAAAACUAUCCACCCGAUCUUUGGUGUCCCUUGUGGUUCUCCCCUCCCCUUAUCAAUAAACUUCCUUUUGGGAUGUCGCCUGUA